UGUCAUUUCUUCAAAAUCACCAACUUCCCACCGAGUCCGGGACAAACCGCGCGUCUGUCUCAGUGCAGCCCGUGAGCAGCUCUUAUGAGGCUCUCAGCUUUGCUGUUUUUCUGCAAGACGUGCCAAAAGCGGAGACCGCCUGAUAUAUAAGCAAAGUGGUGAAGUUAAGCCACCAAAGCGGGAAUUCUCAUCUCUAAACUCCCACCGCUUGGCUUUUAGAGAAGGAAGGGAUUACCGAGGGAGUCAGCCUCCAGACCGAGACUGUAACCAGCUCCAUUCACACGUGUACGAUGCCUGCAGCGAGGAAAAUGAGAAAACCCGACAUUAAGAUGGUCAUCCUGGGCGACAUGAACGUGGGGAAGACGUCCCUGCUGCACAGGUACACCGAGCGGAGCUUUAAAGACACUCUGAGCACAGUUGGAGGGGCUUUCUUCCUGAAGCAGUGGGGUCCCUACAACAUCUCUAUCUGGGAUACCGCAGGUCGUGAGCAGUUCCACGGCUUGGGCUCCAUGUACUGCCGCGGUGCGUCCGCCAUCAUUCUCACCUAUGACGUCACCAACUGGCAAAGCCUUGUGCAGCUGGAGGAAUGCUUCCUCUCCCUCACAGACUCUGCCAACAGCGACUGCAUCUUCGCUGUUGUGGGCAACAAAGUUGACCUCACAGACUCGUACGCCCAGGUCGAGACCUCUAAGGACGUUGGGCCGGAGGAAUCGGGCAUCUCAGCUGCCCCUUCUUGCGCAGCCCCUCCACACACCCCUACCAUUCACAAGCAGGUUCACCAGGAGGAUGCCAUGGCACUCUAUAACCGCAUAAUCGUCUACAAGGCCCUGAACGAAGGCACCAGCCCUUUAGCGGAGAAGAUGUGCUUUGAGACGAGCGCCAAGACGGGCUACAACGUAGACUCCCUAUUUGAGACACUUUUUGAGCUGGUCCUGCCAUCCAUCAUCCAAAAGCAGGCACGGGCGAAGUCGCCUACUGUGUGCUUGGAAGAGUAUGAGGAAAAGGCGAGGAAGAGGAAGCCUGACUGUUGCACAUGAGGAACUGUAAAAGAUCUAGGUCAUAGGUCAAGACUAGUUGCUGGGUAAAUUGUUUCAUUGCCUUUUACACUGAUCUGUGGACAGAAUUGCCCAACAGGUAUGAGAAACAAGAGAACUGACCUCCCAUUAAUAUAAAAGGGUGUCACCUGCCAGCUUCUUGGAAGCAUCUUGGUAUGUUUCAUCCUGCUGUAACUUGCCAUUUUGCUUAACAUGAUUUGGCAUAAACAGUCCUAAACAUCUCUUUUCGUUCUGUAUCUUAGCCUGAGACCCUCACAUAUUCCAGCUUCAUAUGGCUGCAUGAUCUGGACAAAAUAGUACUGUUGCGAUUAUGUUGCUGCAUGUUGUGAUAUGUCUGGUCGGUCAGUGUCAUCGAUAUAUAUUGUCCUGCAUUAUGUUGACCAAAAUAAUUCACUUUUGUUGUUUCAAACCUUGAAUACAUUGAUUCAUCCAAACACCCACAGAAUUGUUUGGGGUGUCCCACUCUUUCACUGUGGGAAGUGAGCAUUUUGACCAACCACCGUUCCAAUGUUAUGCUUGGUUAGAAGGCCCAUUUGCACAUUGUAGCCUUUUGUGAAGAUCAGUAUUGAUGAUUAUUAUAUUGUGAUAUUUUCACCGUUGCAAAAAGUUUGAACACCUGUCAAAUUACUUUUUUUUUUGAUUUUCUGAAGUUAACACGUUCUCUACAGGGAUUUUUAAAAAAUAUUUGUUUUGCAUAUUUUAGUGCAGAGUUUCUGUUUAUUUGUUGGUAUUGAGUGUGCAAAAGUCCUGGCCAAAUUCCACGUUGCUGUUGAUUUAGAUUUUUUUUUUUUUUUCCUUCCUGAGUAUAAAUAAGUUACACUUCCUGUACAGAGACACACUACUGCAACUGUAUUGGAAAAAUUAAUAUACAAUAAAAAACUAACCCUAAUUAUUGCACAGACCACAUUGUGUGCUUUUAUUUUGUACACUUCAGCAAAUAAACAAUAAUUGUGUGUUUAAAAUGUGCAG